UAAAAGAGCUGCACCCACCAUGAUCCAUCCUUUGGAGGAUUGAGGACACACACAGGAGGUCUCCUCCUUCUCUCUGCUCUUGUUUCCCUCCUCUCCCAAGCCCAUCCUUGGAACACGGGAUCAUUCCAAGCAAAACCAUGUCAGAAAAUUCCAACGGAUCCUCCAGGACCGGCCCGGAUUACAGGUAUAAAAAGGAUGAGCUGUUUAAAAGGCUGAAGGUGACAACUUUUGCUCAAUUGGUUCUCCAGGUCGCCUCUCUGUCCAAUGAAACCUUAGAAGUGACAAACGAGGAGCUGCACGAGCUGCCAGAUGCCGAUGCUGCGGGUGACGAUGCCUCGGGGACAAACGGCAAAGGGAGCCCUGAGGGGACAGCCAGCCCUGUCCUGUUCCUGAACAGCUCGGGGUGUGGGGAAUCCCAUCGCUCCACACUGCAGAGUGUGAUCAGUGGGGUCGGGGAGCUGGACAUGGAGAAGGAUUCUCCAAAGAAAGAGGACCCCCAGGCCAAGGAGAGGCCUUACCCCGACUGCCCCUUCCUGCUGCUGGACGUGCGCGACCGCGACGCCUACGAGCAGUGCCACAUCGUGGGGGCUUAUUCCUACCCCAUUGCAACGUUGUCCAGAACCAUGAAUCCAUAUACAAAUAAUAUUCUGGAAUAUAAAAACGCCCAUGGCAAAAUCAUCAUCGUCUACGACAACGACGAGCGCUUGGCCAGCCAGGCGGCCACCACCAUGUGUGAGAGGGGCUUUGAGAACCUCUUCAUGUUGUCUGGGGGCCUCAAGGUCCUGGCCCAGAAGAUUCCAGAAGGGUUGAUCACAGGCACACUCCCCGUGUCCUGCCAGGUGCCAGCUCCCACGGGAGGUGCCCGCAGGAGAGCAGCUGCCAGGGUGCCACCCACUCGUGCAGAGAACAAAUGGAGAUUUUCUGCUGAUGAUCUGCAGAAGUUGAGGCAUUACCUGGCUGAGGAGCAGAUUCCUUCAGACACUGCCAGUCGCCUUACCCGGGCUAGUUCAGGCCACGAUUCCAAACUCUCAUCUGUGAGGAGCAACCCCAGCCUCCCCAGCACUGCUGGAUCCCUGAGCAGCCGUUCCCACAGCAGGACCAGCAUCCAGAACAGGCCCUGGAAAUAAAGGAGUGUCCAGGUUUUGGGAAUGCUGGGCAGAGCAGCCCCUUUGUGGUUUUAGGAAUCGGCAGGGAAAAGCAGCCAUGGUGAGAAUUGGCAGCUCGGGUAAAGGCUGGGCAGCUGCAAUGAUGUUUCCUACAAGCAUCACUUGAGGUGCAGGGCAGGACAGAGGUGAGAGAACUGGUUUUGUAGGGGAGGGAGAAAACUGGGACCAGUAGAAACUGUUCCACAAAGUUUUUAGUGCAGCUGAAGGAAUUUGUGUCCGUUACAUUCCCAGGCUGUGCCUGGAGCCGUGAGAGUGAACAGAUCAUCUGUGAGCACAAACUUUGGUGGUUUUAGCAGA